AAAUCGGUACACAACAAUGCCUCCCAAAUGUCCGCCGCCAACCACCAUUCCCAAAAACUUCAACUUCUUCUACGGCCACCACAAGCCUACCCAAAAUCGCCCCACCGUCCGCGGCGGCGUUUUCUCCAAUCGCCAAACCCUCAACCCCAGUCAAAAUCACCAACGAGGCACCACCAAUUUCGAUCUCGAAAAAUGGAACCCAGAACAAUCCAUCUCCACCUCAUCACCACGACCCUCUCCAUCGGAACAUUACUUCUCCGUCGCCCAAACGCUCUCUCCCAUCGCCCGUUACAUCGUCGACUCCUUCCGAAAACACAAGCACUGGGGCCCGCCGGUCGUCGCCGAUCUCAACAAGCUCCGCCGCGUAACCCCGAAGCUCGUUGCAGAGAAACAACCAAUUCCGGGCAGCUGA